AUGAGUUUAAAGCCAUCAAUACGUUCAAUAAAGCCCAAAUUCUUUUUGGAAUUACGAAAAAGUUUUUCCAUUAGCACUAUUAGAACUUCACCAUAUGAUGAUACUAUUAAAAACAUGAAACUUACAAAAAACACUAGAGUUGUUUGUCAAGGUUUUACUGGAAAACAAGGAACGUUUCAUUCACAACAAGCAAUUGAUUAUGGAACUAAUUUAGUUGGCGGAGUAGCACCAAAAAAAGGUGGUCAAAAACAUUUGGGAAGACCUGUAUUUAAUACCAUAGCCGAGGCAGUUAGUGAAGUUAAACCAGAUGCUUCUGUGAUUUAUGUACCCCCACCUUCAGCUGCAAAUGCUAUUAUAGAUGCCAUCAAGGCAGAAGUUCCUUUGGUGGUAGCAAUUACGGAAGGAAUUCCACAGCAAGAUAUGGUUCGAGUUGUUAAAGCUUUAAAAAACCAAAAUAAAACACGUCUUAUUGGUCCUAAUUGUCCUGGAAUCAUAGUGCCAGAUGCUUGUAAAAUUGGUAUUAUGCCCGGACAUAUCCACAAAAAAGGAGUUGUCGGAAUUGUUUCAAGAUCCGGUACGUUAACAUAUGAAGCAGUUAAUCAAACCACUCAGGCGAAUCUUGGACAAACUUUAUGUAUUGGAAUUGGUGGUGAUCCAUUUAAUGGAACAAAUUUUGUAGAUUGUUUAAAAUUGUUCUUGGAAGAUGAACAAACAAAAGGCAUUAUACUAAUCGGAGAAAUUGGCGGUAUUGCUGAAGAGAAUGCGGCAGAAUUUUUAAAACAAUAUAAUUUGACCCGAUCUCAGCCAAAGCCUGUGGUUUCUUUCAUUGCUGGUUUAACUGCGCCACCAGGACGUCGUAUGGGCCAUGCAGGGGCUAUAAUUGCUGGUGGUAAAGGUGCUGCAACUGAUAAAAUUAAAGCAUUGGAAAGUGCUGGUGUUAUUAUUUCAAAAAGUCCUGCUAAACUCGGAGUUCAAUUAAGAGAAGUUAGUCUCAAAAGUUUGAUUCAACCAAGAAUUAAAGAAGUAAAUGAAGAAAGUUUCUUUUAUGAAAUAUUUGAUUCAGCUACUUCAGGUGCAGAUAUAGGAAGAACAGUUAGAGUUUCAGUUCGUGCCAAUGAUACAAAUCCAUGGAAACCUGUAGAGGAAGGAUUAGAUGGCCGAAUGAUGCUAAUGAAGUCACUUAAAUUUUUUCAAGUAAAAUUUAUGCUUGUUCCCGAAGAAACAACUCAUCCAUGGACUCUACCACCAAAUUUACAAAAUGCCUUUGAAAAACUCACGAGUGCUGAGGUUAAACUUCCUGCUCAAAAAAAAGACUCUAUAAUGAAUUAUAUUAAUCACAGACUGUCUUUAAUUCAAUCUAAACUCAAUUCAGAAGCAGCAUGCACCUCCACCGUAGCAGCUGCAAAAUUCGUGACUAUAUUAAGUACUAUGUUUGUUCAAAAACACGUUGUUUAUAUUCUGACACAAGAUUGA